CCAGCCAAAAAAAUCCCUAUCGCCGUGACAAUUAACCUCAACAUGUCACAAGAAAAGAGGCCCCAAUUCGGCAACAGAUACCUCACCGACGAUGACAAUGUUUUUCAACACAAUGCGUGGUACGCUUUUUAAACUCAUCUCAUUACGUAACUGCCACACACGGUACCGUAAAAAACCUAAAUAUGGUACACGCUUCCUAAUCGACCAAAGCAAAAUCUUUGAUUUUAACGCCUGGGAUGACGUCGAAUGGGACGAAGAACAAGAAAAUCAAGCGAGGGAUAAAGUGAGAGUAAAUGGCGAGGUUAAGUUUCCCGAUAGCGUAAUAGAAAAAUACGAAAAUGAAGCUGAUAAAUACUGGGACGCUUUUUACGACAUACACACAAAUAGGUUUUUCAAAGACCGGCAUUGGUUAUUUACUGAAUUCCCCGAACUGGCGACCGAAACUGGAACAAUAUUUGAAAUUGGUUGUGGGGUUGGAAAUACAAUAUUUCCAAUCUUACAGACGUCCAAAAAUAAUAAUUUGCGGGUUUACGGGGGUGAUUUUUCACCAAAAGCCAUUGAAAUUUUACAAGAAGCGCCAGAAUUUGACUCAAAACGCUGCAAAGUUUUCGUCUUGGAUGCCUCGCAAGACAAGUGGGACGUACCGUUUGACGAAAACAGUAUUGACAUAAUCGUGUUAAUUUUUGUCUUAUCGGCAAUCAAUCCGUCGAAAUUUGUCAAUGUGGUCAAAAACAUACAUAAGUAUUUAAAAACUGGGGGCUUGGUUUUAUUUCGCGAUUAUGGACGUUACGAUAUGGCACAGUUACGUUUCAAACCCGGGCGGUCUUUAGGGGAAAAUUUUUACGUACGAGGUGAUGGCACCAGAGUGUAUUUUUUCACACAAGAUGAAGUGCGAAAAUUAUUUGAGGAGUUUGGUUUCAAGGAAGAGGAAAAUCGGGCCGACAGGCGGUUACAAGUGAACAGAGGUCGGCUGUUGAAAAUGUAUAGAGUUUGGAUUCAGGCAAAAUAUCGAAAAACGUGAAAUUGACAAAUAUAUUAAUUUUUUGUAAAUUUUUAAAAAUUACAUAAUUACAUUAUGUCUAUAGAUUAAAUAUGUAUAAGGAA